CUUACAUCCUUGUCACCCUGUUUACACCGGUGUGCACACGGUCUAUGUGGUUUCAAUAUGUCUAUGCACUACUAGGAGUUAGGAGGUACUGUUUCAUCGACUGCUGGUGAGAACACCAUGUUGUUAUGUCAACUACUCCACGAUUCCAACCGGGACAAUAAAUGACAACUACGUCUUCGUUCCCAACAUCUCUCACGUACUGAUGUUUUGAAUGGUGAUUAAAAUGACUAUAUUCCAUGCUUUCUCCGUGACUGUGAUGUUACUUCAAACCUGCCAGAGUGUGCUGUCACAAGAAACGCCAUAUCUGCCAUCAACAACAUCUGCUGACACGUCUACAACGACACAGGGGGAUUCACAGACGACGACAACAGCAACAACAACCGUCAUGGCAGCUGCAACUGAUGACUUCAUGAUGACAGCUUCAUGGACUGGCAACGAGGAUGCCCUACAGUCUACAACGUUAACGCAGGGUGUCUCUUCAUCUGCAACUACAUCUGUCACUGCAUCCCUUUCAACAACAUCUACGUCCACAAACCCAUCUACAUCUACACCCCCAAUUACACGAACAACUACAUACUCUACAGGCCUAGCUACAUUCCCAUCUAUGUCUGCAUCAACAGUUACAUUUACAUCCACAUCUUCAUCUGCACAUUACUCAGCUACUGCUACCUCCAUACACACAUCCCCAAUGCCAUCUGUAACUACAUAUGCUUCUACACCCUCAUCAGCAUCUAUAUCUGCAUAUCCGGCGCUAGCUAAAUCAACACCUACGUCUUCUACAUCUGGCCCAGAUGAUACGUCAACGACUUCUAUAUCUACAUCUGGCCCAGCAGAUACGUCAACGACUUCUAUAUCUACAUCUGGCCCAGCAGAUACGUCAACGACUUCUAUAUCUACAUCUGGUCCAGCAGAUACGUCAACGACUUCUAUAUCUACAUCUGGCCCAGCAGAUACGUCAACGACUUCUAUAUCUACAUCUGGCCCAGCAGAUACGUCAACGACUUCUACCACAGCCAACAAUGACGAGACGUCCAGGCUUAUUAUACCGGCUGUAUCCAGUGCUGCUGCGGGUGUUGCCCUCCUGACCGUGGUCCUUGUGUCCGUGAUUUGUUACCGAAGAAGAUCACAGGAGAAACCCCUCGCCGAUGCAGAUGACAUCAGUUACCACAACUUCCGCGUCGGUCGAAUGGAGCUUCAGUCGGUCAGGAAAGACGACCCUUACCUGGACCUUGAUUCUGAUUUCACUAGCCAGGACGUUGAAACUAAACACAAACUAUCUACGUUCGGUCGGAGUUGAACGCGUCCUGUUGAAACAAUGUCAUACAUGAUAAAGAUGGUUUCAUGGUUUCAUUGACAGUGUUAAUGGAAGCGCGAGUGUGGUUGUUUCAUGCAGUAAGGUAAUUAUCUGUCACAGGGGCGCUCAAACCAACCAUUGUUAAAUACUGGCAUUCUUAAUAUGACACGGAUAUGUACAGAUGAAGAGCCUCCGUGAUCCGUGGCUCCUCUCUUACUGCUCUGCUAUUGUUUUGUGGCUGCUGUUACUUCCCAGUUAAUGCUCUGUUACUGCUCUGCCCUUGUUUUGUGGCUGCUGUUACUGCCCAGUUAAUGCUCUGUUACUGCUCUGCUAUUGUUUUGUGGCUGCUGUUACUGCCCAGUUAAUGCUCUGUUACUGCUCUGCUAUUGUUUUGUGGCUGCUGUUACUGCCCAGUUAAUGCUCUGUUACUGCUCUGCCCUUGUUUUGUGGCUGCUGUUACUGCCCAGUUAAUGCUCUGUUACUGCUCUGCUAUUGUUUUGUGGCUGCUGUUACUGCCCAGUUAAUGCUCUGUUACUGCUCUGCCCUUGUUUUGUGG